GAGCUUCAUCCUGCCGCGCCUGCUGUCUUGCGAUCAGAGAAAACAGCCUUUCACAUCUACAUAGAAUCAACAAGUCUGGGUCAUUAGCUUGCACCCGGACUGAGAAGGACAUUGCCUGUCAUGGAUUAUUUCAAAUCACUUGUCGGCGGACUACAGCCUUCUCAAGCGCCUGUCGUCGCCGAGGAUUCUGACUUUGCAGACUUUGCUGCAGCACCUCCACCAUCCCCUGCUUCAAUCCCUCACUCUCCUGCCGAUGCCCAAGCCGCGGAACCGACUGCUGGUCCAGGAGAUGGAGUGGUCUACACAAAAUGGUACAGAGUGUGGGAACGGAGCAAGCCUUCAGAUUUCAUGCUCGAAGCUGUCAUCAUUCCAAUCAUCCUCGUCGCUCUACUCGUGCACUUCUGGGGAACCCGGAGAAACCGAAGUAAAGCCAAGAAAUGGAUGGCUGUGCAUGCGCCGCUGCUGGACCGGGAGUUUGCUUUAGUCGGCUAUAACCAGGUGCCCAAGGUCACACCGUAUGCAGAAGGCGUGCAAGGUGACAGCUUGCUUGCCGCAAGCGCAAAGCUUCCUGGUGACAAUGUGCCGGACGAUAUGCUCAGGGAGAAGGCGGCCUGGGAAUACGAGACCUACACCACCGGACGACAGAAUGUCGCAUUUAUGGAUGUCAAGGUCUUCCUGAAGAGACGGAUGAACCCUGUGAUGAUGAUCGCCGAAGAAGUUGCAGGCUUGGUUGCCGAGUCUGUCAAGCCGAAGCCGGAAAGAAUGGAGGCAGUUCUAUACACCUUUGACGGAAAGGAGAAGGAGUUUGUCCCACCUCCCGUGCCCGGGUCGGAAGAGACAGGUAAAACCAAAGCUGUCGGCAACUCUACAUACGAUGCCUUCGUCUUUGCUGUUGUCAACAAGUUGGCCAUGCGGAAGCUUCGGGAGGAGCGCUACGAUUUGUCUCUGACGUUCACCAAGGACAGUCCCAAAUUGCCGAACUGGGCGACCGUCAUGAGCGAGAGCGGCGAGGUUACAGACAUGAUGCUGACGAAGGACCUGAUCGAUGCUGUUACGAAGGCUGGAGAUCUUUUCGAGUACCUCAUCGUUACGGACCAGCCUACGGACAAGCCCACCACCCUCAAUGAGACCACUCCGAAGAAGCGUCUGAACCUUUGUCUAAGGCUGCCACCUGAUGGUGAAUACCUUUCCACAUUGCCUAUCUUCCAGGCUUUCCUUAGACUCCCUGAUUUCCUGGUCAGCUCUGCCAAGCUGAGGCCCGAAGUGCUGAGAAAGAUCAAUGCUAUUCGAGAGGAAGAGAAGGGCAAGCUGAAGAAGGUUAGUGACAGAGAGGCUGAGGAGGAGCGCUUGAAGCAACUGGACAAAAUGAAGAAGGAGGAGAGGGACCGCAAGAUGAGAGGGAUGACUGCAGAGGAGCAGCGGAAGUUUUUGGACCGGGAGAGUGAGAAGAACAGGAAGAAGCAGGAGAAGAAGAUGACACGGAGAGGUUAGGCGCCACCGUGUUUUCGAAGGACGGCUUAGUUGUAGUUCGAAAGUCGAUGCUUGACCUGGCCUUUGGCUUGGUCAACCAAAAGUGCAUAGGUACAGAUACAAUUGCUGUUGAUAAAGAAAAAGGUCUUUGUAUAUAUGUAACUUGACUUAUUCAUCAUCAACGAUUUGUUUACCCCAGACUCCUCAGUCAGCAGUUUUCUGCCUGGCUAAAAAUAAUCCUCCACAGCUACCAGUCAAGCCUAGAGAGGCCGGCAUCAACAACGCCGACAAAACCCACCAACCCUUUUCAUUUCCUGUUACAAGCCAUGUCUGUAU